AUGCCCCCAAAAGGCAAGGCCACGGCGAAGGCGAAGGGCAAAGCAGCCGCAGCGCCUCCGGAUGUCCCAUUGCUGGAGGUUCCACCAGCUCCAGUGUGCGUGCCUUUGCCAGACUCCUGUCAGCCGCGCUGCGCCACGGAGCGGUGCCUCCUCUUCGCCUCGGAGGCCAAGAGCACCUACAAGGUCCAGGCGCGGCCCUGGAGUCCCGGCGACACUGCAGAAAAGGCCGCCAGCGCCGAUGAUUGGCGGGAUGCCAAGGAGCUGGAACGCAUCUCGAUGCCGCCCGGCUACGAGGAGGGUCGGCUCUUCGCCUUCGAGCAGAGCCGGAUUCAAUACAGGAUGGUGCUGUUAGCGGGGCCUAAAGCUGACGGCCUUUACGUGGCGAACUUGCAGUCCGCGGCCUCGGAUCCCAUCUGCACCUUCCUGGAUCCGCCCCUGCACCUCCGAGCGGAGCUGCGCUGCGACUCCGACGUGGUGCCCGCGGUGGUGACGUUGAGUUGGAGGCUCCCGAACAUGGAGUGGCUUCGGCCGGUGCAGGCGCAGGGUCCGCAGGGCUCGGACAUGACGUGGGCAGCAGGGCUCAUGCCCAGCAAGGUCCAAGUGCGGUGGCGAGUGUUGCAAAGUCUCCCUAACAACAACGAGGCGUUGCCGGCGGAGCUGGCCUCGGGAAACUACGUCACCGCGCCCGAGGCCGCGAUGGACGCAGACUUCCGGAUGGAUGAGACCUGGCAGUGCACCUACAAGGAGGCCCUGCCGGCCGCCAUUGCCGUCUUCUCGGUGCGCUUGGGGACUACGUACAAGUGGUCACCUUGGUCGGAGGACAGCCCUGCUCUCUCGGUGGAGGUGCCGGAGCCCUGCCCAAGGGUCAGUGGUCCUGCGGAGUCGGAGGGCAGAGCAAGAGACCGGGACCCGGACCGAGACCCCUACGUGGAGAUCUCGGACUUGACGGACUCCCAGGCCCAGGCGCUCUGGAGGCCCUUCGCCACCGAGGGCGCCCUGCGUGCGCUGGAGUAUCGCGUGAGCAUCUGCCAGCUGGAGAGCCCGGAGUCGACGUCGCCCUGGGAGGACGCGGUCGUGGGAGGAAUUUUGCACGUUCAAGAACCUCCGGAAAAGGUCCGGUUCCCACUCCGUGGGCUCCGCCCGGACCAAUGGUACCAAGUCCGUGUCGAUGCACGGUAUCCCUGUGUUGGCAAGCGGGCUUUCUCUGACAGCAAGGCGGUCUCGGCGGCCUUUCGGACACCUUUGCCACUGCGGCCACCGCUCCAGCCGCUGCCCCUCCGCCUGGAUCUCGACGAGGAGCAGCCGGAGGAGGAGGAGGAGCCAGGAACCGCCUUCCUUUGGGCUGCGAGGCCCUGGGUCUCCGUUUGCGUGGAGCACUUUGCGUCCGAGACCUACAAGUUUCAGUUCAAGGAGGCAGUUCUCAAGGGCCGCUCCGACUUCGACGGCUGGCAGGAGCCGCUGGUCGUGGAGGCAGCGCAGCCGUCGCACGCAGAGGCUGCCGGCCAGGCCGGCCACGCCAUUUUGCGCAUCGGCCUUCCGAAAGGUGCUCCGGAGCUCGUGGCCUUGCGGCUGGCGGACACCGCUUCCUCCUCGCCCUUGCGUUGGAGCGUGACGAGUCCUCCAAUCGUCACGCGCGUGGCACCCCCACUCCUGGCCUGCUGCUUCCCGGGUGGAGCGAUGCAGCUGCUGCCCACGGUGGGUGGCGGCUUGCAGCUCCACCUGCGCUUCUUCCUGCAGCCCGGCAUGGCGGCCCCGACGGAGGCGCUGCCCCUCCCAGGCCCAGCACUUCCAGGAACGACGGCUGCAGGAGCCUCUGUCAGGCGAAGUCUCCCGGGCCACCGCUACGUGUCGCAGUGCCAGCUGCGGCUCCGGGUGAAGGGCAGCAAGGCGCCUGCCUCGAAGGGUCAGAAGAGCAACGGAGGAUUUCUGGAGCUCCCGGCACGUGCUCUGCCGCAAGCGCAGACGUGCCUUUCGACACCGGGCCUCCAGGCCUUGGCGACGGAUGGCGAGGUCCCCGACAGCCCCGAGGAGGAGUUGAUCGCUGGUCUGCUGGGCUGGAGGGGUGUGCGCUACGAAUUCCAGGCGGACCUGGCGGAGGCCUCGCUGCGGGAGCUGGUGACGGGCCCCGAGCUCCUCGAGGCCUCUCUGCGCGUGGGCACGGAGCACCGCUGGUCCCCUUGGAGCCCUUGGAGUCCUCCGCAGGCCCUGCCUCUGCCGUUGCCGCGGCCGCCGAGGAGCGGGAAGGUGGGCGCCGAAGCCACUGGGCCAACCUCCGUGCGAGUAAGCUGGCCUCCCUUCGACCGGCUGCCGGGCAUCAGCUGCCUCGAGUACGCUGUCCGCUGCGAGCCACUCGCAGAGGCCUCCGCCUCCGCCUCCGCCAGCUCGAGCUCCAGGGUGGAGUCGGUCUGUUUCUUGCACAAGCCUCGGCGCCUGGAUGCGCAGGUCCUGGCCUCGGCGCAGUUCCAGCGGCUCCUGGACCAGCCGGAGAUGUCCCUGGCGCGCCUGGCCUCCUGCUUCCAGGACAUCCGCUUGGCUGAAGCCGAAGAUGAGAAAGACCUUCUGCAGGUGGAAGUCACUGGAUUGCUGCCGUGGACAAGCUACGGCCUGUCCGUGGCUGCACGCUACCCCGCUGGAGCAGGCCUCUACCCGCACAGCCAGACCGAGGGCCGGAGGAUGUCCGAGGCUCUGGGACCCUUGCUGGGUCCGGCACUGACGGUGCAGGUGGAGACGCCCGGAGGCGAGAAUGCUCCUGGAGCCCCGCAAGAGGUGGAUCCCGCCAUCCUCAGCUGCGAGGCUUCCAGCUUCCUGACCCCCGGCCUCCGCGGCAUCUUCCUGAGCAUUGAGGACCGGAGCGACUACGCGCUGGAGUACUGCGCCUCUGGCCCCGCCUGGGCCCACUACGAUGCGGAGGUGGGUGCUGCGGCGCUGCGGAGCUUCCAGGGGAGCUGGCCUCGACUGCGAGAGGAGGGCGUGUGGAAGCGCGUCUCGACGGUGCACCGCUUGCAAGAGAUCCCAAGCGCCGCAGGCGAGCUGAAGGAGGCGAGCGCGACAUCUCCGGCGCCUUCCAAGGUCAUUGUCCUGGCUGUGAUGCCGGCUUUUGGACAACCUGGGCCAAUGCCGGAUGCGGUGAGGUUCCGACUUUGCGCUGUCGACCGCGGUGCAGCCCAUCCUUGCCGUUGGGCAGGUGGCGUCUCCGAAGCCUUCGCCGUGGCUUUCGCUCCUCCGAGGCGCCCGCCUCGAAUACAGCGGAUCCUUUCCGACGACCGAUGGACGUUGAGUCUGCAAAUCGAGCUCUUCCAGAACCAGCCGCCGCCAACACCUACAUGCUACCUCGGGCUGCGCACCGGCACGGAAGACACGGAGGACGACAGCGAAUGUGAGGAGGAGGAAGCGAAGGAGCUCGUCGAGCUGCGCCGGGCCCAGCUGCUACCUACGCUUCGCCCAGAGUCCUGGCAAGAGACGGCUUUGGAAGCCAUGCCCUGGGGCUACGGCCACCGCUUGGUCACCAUGGUCCAGGCGCGCUGCUCCCUGCAGUCCAGCCUGCUGCCCGAGCAUCGUAUGGACUUGGAGCGAGAGGUGCUGUCCUCGGAGUGGCAGCUCUCGGCGGCCCUAGAGUUGGGAGCCGCCGGGGGAGCCGCCGCCACCUUCGAGCUGCCGGCAUUGGCCACCGGACUCCUGGACGGGUGCGUUUACGUCUUCCAGGUUCGUGUGGGCAAUGGGAAGACAUGGUCAGAGUGGUCUCACACCUCCAGCCCCUUCCUAUUCCAGGUGCCACCUCCGAUCCCGCCGACAGCAGCAUCAUUGAAAGCCCAGAAGACAAUUACAGUGGAGGUGAUGUCAGCUACAGCAGCUCGAGUGGUCUGGGGCGACUUCAAGCCAGCACCCGGGCUGACGUUGCUCGAAUACGAGGUCCGGGCCACGCCGAGGCAGGAGGGCAACCCCCGAGCGAAGGCUUUCCCGAGCCAAGCGAUCACUUUCCAGCACCGCUACCGGGGUGGCUUCAUCCAACACGAGCUCUUGAACCUCCUGCCCUUCACCAGCUACACCUUCUCCGUGCAGGCCCGCUAUCCGAAGGUGGGCAUGCGCCUUUGGUCGGGACAGCAGGUCACGGAGCCCGUCGUCCUCGAGCCGGCCGUCGCCUACCAGGAUCCCCCCACACCGCUGCCGGUGCCGGACACCGAAAGCGCCGUCACGGUCACGGACACUGAGGAGGACACAGUUUGCUGUGAGGCCAUGAUCGAGUUUCCUGCAGAGGAGGAGGACGGGGUGCAGUACGACUUGGAGUACGCUUUCGUCUUAGGCGACGACUUGGACACGGCAGAGAUGCGGGUCGCGAACACUUUGUGGCGCUCCCCGAGAGAGGUGACCAGGCUGGGCUCCCGUGGCGUCACGCCGCACUAUCGCGUUCUCCUUCCGGAGCUUCGUCCCUUCCGCGGGGAUCCGCUGAAGCUGGCGCUCCUGCAGCGCGUGCGCUUCCGGCUCCGUGCACGGCUCCCGCCGGAGGGGUCCAGCUCGCGCUGGUGGUCUUCGGUGUCUCCACCAGUAUCUACGGGUUUCGCCGGUGCCGAGAAUGUGACCGGAUCCCUCGUCGCUGGAGCAUCCGGUCUGAGCGUGGAAGUACGUUUCCAGUUGGACACGCGCUUGGCGGGCAUGAGCCAGAAGGAGCUGCAGCUGCAUCGCGCAGAGCUCUUCCAGGUCCUGGACUCUGAGAAGAGCGGAAGCGCCUCCGCUUUGGACCCUGGAAGCUCCGCACAGAGCCUUCAGGCCAUGACCUGGCCGAGGGGCUUCGGGCACCCCUACACCACGAGGUACCAGUUGCGAAAGCGGCAUUGGGCGGCAACACCCUCUGCUUGGAGUGCCUGGGAGGUCUUCCCCGAUGCGGCACUGCCCAAGGAGCUGCCCGGAGUAGGCCCUCAUUCCAAAUGGUACAAGGUCUCUGUGCCGGACCUGGUCGCAACGGCCAAGGCUUCCAGUUGCGAGCUGGUGCAGGCCUCCGUUCGAGUCGGGGACGGUUUCAGGUGGUCCCCUUGGAAGGCCUGCAAAGAAGUGCCCGUCCUUCUUGAGAAGCCCCGUGCCCCGGAGGGAGCCGAAGCUCUGGCGUCCUGGAAGAAAGUCUGCCGUGUCGAGUGGCCACUUGCAAUUGCCCACGCGGGCAUCCAAGAGGUGGAGUACCAGUUGCUUGUGAUCCCGGACAGCGCCCACUUGCUGCCCUUCGUAGGCGCCCUGGUCGUGGCUCCUGCAGCAUCGGAGGCACCGCCCAUGUCGCCGCGCGGGCCCGGCGGGCGGAAGAAAGGCCGCAAAGAGGGAGCGGGAACCGACAAAACCUCAGCCGGGGCGGGAGCGGCAUACCCUCCAAGCACCGAUUCCAAGAACAGCGCUGGCGCCCCCUCCAUGGCUUACCUGGUCGCUGGCCAGGCGACGCUGAGAUCUCGCCGCGAAGGAGAGGGAGAAGACGGUGCGCCCGUCGUGCUGGAGUUGGCCGAGCUCUGCCCCGAGCUCCGCUACGCCUUCCAGGUCUUUGCUCGCUAUCCUACCGUGGGGCCCCGCAUCUUCCACAAGAUCUACGAGGUUGGGAAGAUCUCGAGGGGCACUCCAGAGGCGGCUGUGGCACUGCCGCUCCCUGUGCAGGUUCCCUGUUCGGAAGAGAGCCAGGAGACGAUGCAGCGGUGGCUACAAGACGAUCGCCCCCUCGUGCUGCUGACCUGGGACGGGCUUCUUCCAGAAGCAGCCAACCCGCGGCAGGCAAGCCUUGUCUCCACGGGCGAAAGCCUGAACCCACCUUUCGAGGUUCAGGCAGCGGCAGCAGAUGCAGAGGACGCAGCGGAAGCGGAGGCAGCGGAGGAAGCGGAAGCUGCAGGUGAAAGGCGCUCCCGACAGUGGUUCCACUGUCCUGUGGUCACCAAGCCGUUCGCCUUGGUGGCCUCGAAGGGCGUUUCCUCGGCCUCGGCCUGCGUGGCUGUGCGAGAUCUCCCUUUCCGUGCCGGCUGGUUUCGGCUCUUCGAUCCCUCGAGGAUGCAAGCGGGGCCUUGCACGCAGCCCAUCGUUUGUUUGUACGAGCAGCUGGAGCCCUGCAAAGCGGAGAUGCUCGCGUUGCCACGGAGCGCCGGCUCCAUUCCCAGGUCCUUGGGGAUCCUGCUGCAGAUUUCCUUCGCAGGAGCCAGCGGCUCGACGCGCUGGACGGCCAGGCUGGCGGGCUUGCUGCAGCUCCGAUUCCGGCGGAUCGGCUGCGUGGGAGAAGCCGCCUGCUGGGAGGAGCUGCCCGCGGAGGCGACCUUUCAGGAGGGCCCGAAGGUGGUCCGCGAGGAAGACGGGCUGGAGCUGGGCAACGUCUACGAGUUCCAAGUCCGCGUCGGCGACCAAUGCCGCAUGGGACCUUGGUCCAAGUCCUCUCCUCCGGUCCGCUUCGCUUUGUCUCCGCCCGUCCCAAGCGAAGGCGGAGGCUUGCGAAUUCUGGAGAAGGGAGAUCGGGCGGAAGUGAGCUGGGCACCCUUCCAGCCCGACGCCGCCUCCCAGGCUCAGCUCCCCAACCUUGCCCGGCUGCCCAUCGAGUACACCUUGAGCGUCUUCGCCGAGGGCGAGGGCGGGGCGCCGGGCGAGGGCUCGGGCCCGGGCUCGGGCUCGGCGCCCUCCCUUCUCCUCUCCUCGCAGUCGCUGUCGGAGACGCGGUGCCUCGUCGCCAACCUCCGGCCUCUGAGCGCCUACUCCGCGAGCCUCACUGCGCGCUGGUCACGCUUCGGGGUCGCUGGCGACAGCAACAGCGCUCGGCUUUUCGCCGCCUUCGCCACCACAGGGCUGAAGGGCAGCAAGCUGACGGCGGAGCUCUCGGUGCGUCUCAGCGGGCAGCAGACUCCUUCCCCCGCCCCCGCCCCCCCGGCCUCGAGGGCCUCCAUUCCCGUCGUGGAAGGCGUCCCGGCGGCCGUCACCCUGGACCUCGACCCGUACUACACGCAACCUCGCUUGAACCACUACACGCCCGAAUUUGUUCGCAAGCCCUCCUUGCCCAGCUCACGGCGAACGCAGGCGCAGGACUUGCCGGAAGAGCGACCCCUGUCUCCCAAGCUGCAGCCCACGUUGCCACGCGUGCUGGUCCCCAUGCCGCCGCCAAAGUUCACCACCAGGGACCCGCUCUCCUUUGCCCUCCGUCCGGACCCCAAUGCGGAGCGACGCGGAGCGGAGCGGCCGGCUGUCCCAGCGCCUGAGAGACUUAUAGAAAAGCUGAGUUCAGCCAAAGCCGCCGGCGCCGCGCAGCGCGCGCGGAAGCGGAGCCACCAGCUCGGCCUUCCGCGACGAGCGAGAGCGGUGAACCGGCCGCUGCGCUCGGAGCGGCGUCCCGGACCGGAGCCGCCGAAGGCGGCCGAGAACACGAGCGCUCCCAAAGGCGGAGACAGAGAAAAGGGGCUGCAACUGAGCAAGGCAGAAUUCAGGACUCUGCCAGCUGGAGGAAUGCGAGGCCGCCGCAGCCUGAGAGCCAGAGGAGCCUUCGUGCUGAAAGGGGCAUGGGAAACGCAGGGGCCUGCUUCCACGGAGAAGCCGGAGGUGGCGGUAGCCGCAGCGCCGCUGGAGCCCACACCCGAGGAGCCCAAGUCUUCGCAGCUGAAAGCGGCCACGACCGACCCUGAGCCCAAGAGGGUGGUGCUGCGAUUCGUGCUGCCAGAUGGUGGAACGCAGGACAUCGAGUUCGAGAACAAGCCUCUGGGGAUCGACUUCAGCCGAAGUUUGCCCCUCACGUGCAAGCGCUUGAAGCCGGGCAUGCAGGGCGAACAGAAAGAGGUGAAGAUCGGUUGGUGCGUCACGCACAUCAACGACACACCCGUCCCCGUGACCUUCGAGGAAACGCUCAAGAAUCUACAGCAGGCCCUGCAGCGUGAGCCUGCCUGGCGCGUGUGCUCUUAUGACACGGGCGAGUUGAUGAGCCUUCUGCACCCCGGGAGAGAUGGCGCUGAGAAGGGGUCCUCCGGCUGUAACGGCCCCAAGCGGGUCUUCAAACGGACGCAGCUCUGCAGCUUUUGGGUGCGCGGCGCCUGCAAGCGCGGCUCCAGCUGUGCCUUUGCGCACGGCGAGGCGCAGCUGCGGGAGAGCCCCGACUUGUCAAAGACAAAGAUUUGCAAGAAGUUUCAGACCGGGGACUGUCCGUUGGGUGAGGAGUGCACCUUCGCCCACUGCCGGGAGGAGCUUAGGUCCCUGAGGCCCUCGAAGCGACAGCAGAGCGCCGCUUCCGCCAGCGCUUCCGCGGCGAAUGUUCUCAUGAAGUCGAAGACCUCCCUUCCGCAGCAGGCGGAGAUGGAGGACUCCGAGUUCCAGGUCACGGAGGCCGAUGAGUGGCCUUACACGGUCGUGGGCUUCCAGUCCGUGGAGCAAGUUUGUGGGGAUCUCCUGGAGGGGGAGAUUCCGACGGACCUCCGAGCGGGGAACCUGCUCUUCGAGCUUUAG